AAGGUGAGGUCGGUCCCAGUUUUUGUAUGCCCAUGAACAUAGCCCAUAUUCUGUGUUUACAUUGGUUAAAUAGCUAACUAGGUCAUAUUUUUUUCGCUGUCUUUCAAAUUAACGUUUUCCAAAUGACGCGUCGUUUCAACAAAAGUAUGGGGAUGUGCUUGCCGUGCCUUGGUGGAGCUGGAGACGACGUGGUACCGACACCAGACCCAGAGACGAGGAGACGUCAGCUAGCAGAGGCAGCUGAGAAGAGACAGAAAGAGACAACCUACAGGGGUGUCAAAAACCCAGAAGCAGUUGAGAGAAAGAAAAAGAAACAGGAGGAGAUGAACAAACAAGAGAUGACCACGUCUCCGUCUGGAGGGGGAGGAGGGCUGAAGUGGCAGGUGGGCUAAAGAUCGACGGACAUGGAGAGAUUUAUGAAAGUCUCAAUCUACACUGAGGUUCAGCCAACAACAUGAAGAAUAUUGGUACCAGUUGACUUGAAAAUGCCUUUUUGGCUGUCUGUCCUUCUAAAAAUGUUUUAUUUAAAAUACAAGCUUUUUCAGAGGCAGCGGGAUAGUUUGCCAUGCUUCGCCUUGGUAGAAAGAAAGAUUCUGCUGCUCGAUGUUGGCCGUGUGCAGCGCAGUACAUGCCUCCCCUAAUGCCAAGAUGUACAAGAGAUAUGGAUCUUUGGAACGGACAGGGUGACUAUGACACAGCUAUGAGUAGCAUACAGUAUCCACACUCACAGUACAUCUAUAAACUGUACCAGCCGUCUUGCCACUCUCUUUCUCUGCUCUUUCCCCCUUUCGCUCUCUCUCUCUCCAUCUACUAGUCCUCUGCCCUCUCUCUCCACCUUUUCUCUCUCUCUCUCUCUCUCUCCCUGCCAUUUCAACUUUGCAGAUUUUAUACCAUUUUGCUUACUGCUUUUGUAAUUUAUUUCUGACAUUUUAAAACUUUUUAAAGAAUGUUCUCAUUCUUGUGACAGUUUAUAUGAUAGAUUUCUCCUAAAAAAAAUAUACGCUACCAAGUCCUUCAUGUUCAACAUAGGCCUAGAUGAUUCAUAAAACAUUUUCUAUUGUAUAUCAGUGUGGAAAAUGAGCUACAUUUUAUAUAACUACUUAUGAACCACAUUUGAAUGCUGUUUUAGAGUUUAUGCACCAACACUAUCUAAUCAGUUGACAUUUCACUUUAGAGAUUGGUUUUCCUAUUGUCUAUGCAAUAGAAGUUAUUUGCUCCACUUUAGUAUUGGUUUGUAAUGUACGAAGGAUAUUUAUCUUGAUCUCUGCUUUUAUUUAAUAUUAAUGAAGUUGUUGACAGAUUGACGUGUUGUAUGGGUAGUUGGCUGUAUCCCGUAGAUUUUGAGUUUUCCCAUUUCCAACCUGUGCACGAACAGUAACAUUGUUUAUGCAUUCUGUCGGUACGAUGGUAACAUAUAGGACUGAGUCGAUUUUUGUCUACUGGCCUUACCUGUCGACCACAAUGAGAACUCAACUGAAAUGGAAGGAAAGAAGCAUGCCUGAACUAGCAGGGUGCUAGUGUGUACUUGAUGAAGUAUUGACUUUUUACCUGCCUUGCUUUGUACUCUAGUGCUUUUUCUCCCUAUUCCCUUACUGCUUCAAGUGCUCUUGCCAUUUUGAAGGGUAUGAAGUCACGCCAAUGUAAUUUUGUAGAAAUAAAAGACUCUUGUUGACUUUU